AGUUAGCAAAAAGCCGCAACAGAAAAGGAAAAAACCUGCCACCCCGACCAUGGCCUCGAGUAGCCCCCUGCAAUCGGGUUCGCCGGCCGGAAAAGUAAAUCAGCCGCAAUCGGCCGAUGGCGAGCACGUCAGCGACACGAGCCCCGAAAAACGGCUGACAGCACCGGUAGAACCGGUCGACGCCACGCCGCCCGCACUUAAGAAGCAGAAGAAAAAACACCCUGAGAGUAGCACAGAUGCGAGCAGUAAGAAGAAGCAAAAAGGCGCCGCAGCAAAGCAGGUGCGUUUCCACAUCAAGCUGUACUCGACAAAGCAGCCUUCGGUAACCUCGGCAACGGCGACGGCGAAAAAGAAGAAAGUCAAACAGCAACCCUCCUCGACGGGCAACUCACCGGCCGGACAACCGAACGGCGCCACAGUGGAACCGUCGAAACGGCAAUCGAAGAAAUCCCGCUCCAAGCUAAACGGUUCCAAAUCAUCCGUGGGUCUGAUGGGCGCAUCCACGAAUGGUGGUACGACGACGGUUGGUGCGGCAACAUCCGCCGGUUUCAUGUUACCACCAUCGACCAGCUUCACACCAUUGAAGCGCAUGGCCAUCAAGCAGGAACCAAAGACGCCCCAACACGAACCCACCCAACUAACCGGACAUGGUGCGUCCGAGGGCAUGGCCGUUCACGAGCUGGACAGUGUGACGAUUGGACGGCAAACGUUCGCGUGGCUCGUCGGUCCCUCGACCACGGUGGAGGAGUUUAUGCGCACGUAUUGGGAGCGCAAACCGCUGCUGUUGCAGCGUAACGACCGUGCGUACUACGCUGGACUGCUGUCACGUGCCAUGAUCGACGAAAUGCUACGCACAAACAACAUCGAGUACGGGAAGAACAUCGACGUGACGUCGUACGUGGAUGGGCAGCGUGAAACGCACAAUCCGGAUGGGCGCGUCCUGCCACCGGAUCUGUGGCACUUCUACGGCACCGGUUGUAGCGUGCGCAUGCUCAACCCACAAACCUACCUGCGCUCGAUCUACGAGCUGAACGUGAAGCUGCAGGAGUACUUCCACUGUAUGACGGGUGCCAACUUCUACCUGACCCCGCCCGGUAGCCAAGGAUUCGCGCCACACUACGACGACAUCGAGGCGUUCGUGUUGCAGAUUGAGGGCCGCAAACGGUGGCGCGUGUAUGCACCUCGCACGCCCCAAGAGCAGCUGGCCCGCUUUUCGUCCGAAAACCUGCGGCAGGACGAACUGGCUGCGCCACUGCUGGAUGUCGUGCUGGAAGCGGGCGAUCUGUUGUACUUUCCGCGGGGUUACAUCCAUCAGGCCGCAACCGUACCGGGAGCUCAUUCGCUGCACGUGACAGUGAGCGUGUACCAGCGCAACAGCUGGGUGGACCUGUUCGAGCAGAUGCUUCCGGUGGCGUUGGCCAGUGCCGCCGAGGAGGAGCAGCAACUGCGUGAAGGGCUGCCGCUCGAUCUGCACCGGCACUUUGGUAUCGUGCAUUCGGACGAGGUGAGCACCGAGCGGCGCCGGUUGACCGUGCGCAUUCGCACGAUGUUCGACAAGCUGUUCUCGGACGCGGCCAUCGAUGCGGCCGUUGAUCAGCUGGCGAAGCGGUUCCAGCAUGACGCGCUGCCGCCCAUGAUCGACUUUGCCGAGUGGGACGAUACGGUGUACGGGGCGGGCAACUACGACUUCCGGCCGGAUGGGACCGUGCGGUGUGCCCGACCCAUCGACGAUCGGUCCUCGGUGCGGUUGCUGCGCCGUAACAUCCUGCGGCUGGUGAGCGAGGAGGAGAAACUGCGCAUCUACUAUCACACGGACAAUUCGCGCGAGUACCACCAGUACGAGGCGAACUUCCUCGAGCUGGACCACGAGACGGCGCUGGGUGUGGAGCUGCUCAUCAAGAUGUACCCCCGGUACGUUCCCGUGAGCAACCUACCCGUCGAGGAUCGGCUCGAGUUCAUCCGAAGCCUCUGGGAGAAGGGUCUGAUUGUGUGCCGUCGACCGGGUGUAUCCGCGCCACCACCACCAUCCGGUGAAGAGACCACCUCGUCCUAGUAAUCCUAGCGAUCUUCGUUUUUUUUUGUCACCAACAUUUCUUUCGACCUGAGAGAGCACGUCAAGCUAAUAAAGCAUGGCAAUCGAGCACAA